AUGCAAUCUUCACCAUCACCAUCAGCUUAUUUAUUACCAAUAAAAUUACAACCAUCAAAUGUACGACCAUUAGCUUUUAGAAUAUUGUCUAAAAAACAUGGGUUAAAUUUAAAUACAGAUGCUUUAUCAGUUCUAACAGAUGCUAUAAGUUUAAAUUUUGGUGUUGAAUGGAAAGGGUUACCUUCACAAAAUUUUCUUGAAGAAAUUGCUAAAAUUUGGAAAUUAGAAGAUCGAGGAUUAUUUAUAGAUGCAGAUGGAUUAAAGCAAAUAUUAAAUGAUAUGAAAAAAGAUAAAAAUGAACCUAGUAAGGCCCAUAAAUCAGAUACAAUAGUUGAUGAAAUUAAACAAGUUGAACUAGUGAAUGUAGAAGAAGAAGAAGAAGAGAUAAUAAAUUGGCAAGAUUAUUGUAAAGUUAUACUACCUAAUCAACAACCACAAAGUAUAUUUGAUAGACAUAAGAAACAAUUUACGAUUAUUCACAAACCAUUAAAUCAAGAAUCUAUAUUUACAAAUUUACAUGAAAAUUUACCAGCUAAAAUAAAUUCUUUGAGUAAUCAAUAUCAUUUAAUUCUUGAUAGAUUAUCAAGAAAUGAAAAUUUUCAAAAAGUUCCCAAUUUUAGUUUUUCAUCAAUAAAUAUAAAUCCAGAUAUAAUUAAUGAAAUCACACCAAUAAAAAAUGUUUUAGGUAGAGAUCGUCAAAGAUUUUUAUUAUUUGGUUAUUUAUCAAAAAACCCCAUCAAUGGGUCUUAUAUAUUGGAAGAUUCAACGGAUUAUAUUGAAUUAAAUUUAAAGCAAGCUACAAAAGCACCAGGGUUAUUCUAUUGUGAAGGUAUGUAUCUAUUAAUCGAUGGUAUAUAUUCCGCAUCUGGAGGUUCAUUAAAUCAACAUCAAGGUUAUAUAGGAGGUUGUCUUUAUGUAAGUAAUAUUGGUCAUCCGCCAGGUGAAAGAAGAGAUAAAGAAUGGGAAGCUUAUGGAAAUUUGGAUUUUUUAGGUAUACAUAGACAAAUGGCACCUAUAACUGGUGAAAAAACAACAAAGAUAUCAAGAAAAUUGAAAAAGAAAUUGGUUAAUUGUGAAAGAUCAUUAAAUCAUAAACUUGUAAUUGUUGGAAGUGAAUUACAUUUAGAUCAACCAAUGAUUAUGAAAGCAUUGAAAAAGUUUUUCAACAAAUUAGAAUUGUCCAUUAUAGAAGAUGGUCUUGAACCAUUGGCUUUAGUUUUGAUUGGAUCAUUUACUUCCAUACCUUUAUCAUCAACAAAUUCUUCAAUUACAAACGUUACAAAUUCAGAAAUUUAUAAAAGUAAUAUUGAUAAUUUAUCAAAAUUAUUAUCAAACUAUCCAAACAUUAUCCAAAAUAUUAAAAAGCUUAUAUUGAUACCUGGUAAAAAUGAUCCAUGGCAAUCAACGUUUUCAUUAGGAUCAUCAUGUAUUAAUUAUCUCCCACAAAUUGGUGUACCAAGAGUAUUCACAAAUAGAUUGGAGAAAAUAUUACCAAAAGGUGUACUAGAAUUAGGUUGGAAUCCAACUAGAAUAAAUUACCUAUCUCAAGAGAUAGUAAUUAUAAAAGAUGAUUUUAUGAAUAAAUUUAAACGAAAUGAUAUAAUUUUUGAUAGUGAUUUAGAAUUUGAAAAACAACAAUUAGAAAAAGAAUUGGACCCAAAUAAAAUUAAAAAUUUAGCACAAACUAAAACUAAUGGUCAUUUACCUUCAAAAAUUAAACAAGCAAGGAAAUUAGUUAAAACGUUAUUAGAUCAAGGUAAUCUACAACCAUUUUCUAAGAAUUUAAAAUUAAUAAAUUCACAAUAUGAUUUUUGUUUAAGAGUCGAACCGUUACCAAAUGUAUUAAUAAUGUUGGAUUCAACAUUUGAUAAUUUUGAAUUGAGUUAUAAUGGUUGUAGAGUUAUAAAUAUAAUACUGGGUAUAACUAAUAAGAAAUUAACUUAUAUUGAAUAUCAACCUGGUUCAAAAUUAGUUGAAUUUAAAGAAAUUUAUUUAUAA